UUAUUAUUGUCAUCAUUUUAAUAUGUGGAAAAUAGUUCAGAGAAGUCUAGUAACUUACCCAUGCGUAUUCAUUGCAGAUACCAGUUUCCAUUCCUGAUGUUCUUAAGGGUCAACAUCUGAUUGCUUGUUUUAGAACCGUCCCCUCCUUAUGACCACCAUAUCUUGAAAGAGCACAUAUUUUGUGCACAAAGAUGUUGUUUCCUAAGGAGGGCUUUUUAGCUCAUUGACUAAUGUUUGUUUCUAGACAUGGUCCCAUCUGGACGAGGAUCUCCAGGAGCUUGGCAGACAGCUAGAGGCGGUGGAAAGCAGCAUUCCAAGCGUGGGCCUGGUGGAGGAGAGUGAGGACAGGCUCAUGGAACGGACAAGCCUCUACCAGCAUUUAAAAUCCAACCUUAAUGAAUAUCAGCCCAAAUUAUAUCAAGUAUUAGAUGAUGGAAAACGACUCCUAAUGACUGUCAGCUGCUCAGAUCUAGAAAGCCAGCUAAAUCAACUUGGAGAGGGCUGGCUGAACAAUACCAACAAAGUGUCUAAGGAACUUCACAGAUUGGAAACAAUAUUGAAACACUGGACCAGGUAUCAAAGUGAAUCUGCAGAUCUAAUUCACUGGUUACAAUCUGCAAAAGACAGGCUGGCAUUUUGGACUCAGCAAUCCGUGACAGUCCCACAAGAACUAGAAAUGGUCCGUGAUCAUCUCAAUGCAUUCCUGGGGUUUUCUAAAGAAGUGGAUGCGAAAUCUUCCUUGAAAUCAUCUGUUCUGAGCACUGGAAAUCAGCUUCUCCGAUUAAAGAAAGUGGACACGGCUGCCCUGCGUUCCGAGCUGUCCCACUUUGACAGCCAGUGGACUGACCUUCUGACCAGCAUCCCAGCUGUACAGGAGAAGCUCCACCAGCUCCAAAUGGACAAGCUGCCUUCCCGCCAUGCUAUUUCUGAGGUCAUGAGUUGGAUUGCUCUGAUGGAAAGUGUUAUCCAAAAGGAUGAAGAGGAGAUAAAAAAUGCCAUAGGUUACAAGGCAAUUCAUGAAUACCUUCAGAAAUAUAAGGGCUUUAAGAUAGACAUCAGCUGCAAGCAGUUGACCGUGGACUUUGUGAACCAGUCCGUGCUGCAGAUCAGCAGUCAGGACGUGGAAAGCAAGCGAAGUGACAAGACUGAUUUUGCUGAGCGACUGGGGACGAUGAAUAAGAGUUGGCAACUCUUGCAAGGUGUGGUGGCUGAGAAGAUCCAGCUGUUGGAAGGCUUACUGGAGUCUUGGUCAGAAUAUGAAAAUAAUGUGCAGUGUCUGAAAACCUGGUUUGAAACUCAGGAAAGGCGAUUGAAACAGCAGCAUCGCAUCGGAGACCAGGCCUCCGUUCAGAACAUGCUGAAAGACUGCCAGGACCUGGAAGAUUUGAUUAAAGCAAAAGAAAAAGAAGUGGAGAAAAUUGAGCAGAAUGGACUUGCUUUGAUUCAGAACAAGAAAGAAGAAGUCUCUGCCAUUGUCAUGGGCACGCUGCAGGAGCUCAGCCAAGCCUGGGCAAAUUUGGACCACAUGGUGGGACAGUUGAAGGCACUGCUGAAGUCAGUGCUUGACCAAUGGAGCAGUCACAAGGUGGCCUCUGAUGAGAUAAACAGCUACCUGAUGGAGGCCAGGUAUUCUCUGUCCCGAUUCCGUCUGCUCACUGGGUCCUCAGAAGCUGUACAAGUUCAGGUAGACAACCUUCAGGUAAGAAAUGGAUUUAAUGCAUCCUUCAUUCUUUUAAAUUGGAGAAUAUGGAAAAAUUAGCAAGGAAACCCCUCAUCCUGAAAUAGUGCCAUCUACUGUUUACAUUGAAUUCUUUUUCAAAUCCUUAAUUUUACUUGCUUUAUUGUAACCGAAUCAAAUACUGGUGGCUACCAAAUUCGGGAUUAUCUGGUCC